AAGUCAACAAAAACGACGGCAGGAGGGAAUGGCAUCUCCAAAUUACGCACAUUCAUAUCCGGGCGGCCGCAGCGGUCCAUUUCUCUGCCUGCAAGAGCCGCAACCACCGGCCCCCAAAGGACAUAGCGCGCUGGCAUCGCUCAUCAGAAACCGCCCUGGUAUAUCACUACCAAACCCUUUAAACCCUUUUCGUGACGAGGAGGAGGCUCUUGCAGGUCUUGGGGUGGAACGGAGAUUAGUGGAUGAUGAAUCUCCCCGCCGGGAUGAGCGGCGCAUGAGCGCUGUUCUCAACGGACCUCAUAUGCGCAGCAUGCGCCUGAUCGGAAACAGCAACCCUCGAUAUCGGUGGGAAAGAUAUUGGAAGACCGAAGACGAGCUGGCGACCAUGAAAAAGUCCAUCCGUGAAUACUAUGAGCGUUGCAACUACCUUGUCCAGCAGUAUCUGUACAUUGAUAAACUUCUGGAUUCAUCCUUGCCUCAUGACCUACUCAAUGAAUACAACGACCUUCCGCCAUGGGCUUUCCGUGGAGGUCUGGAGGCUCCUGUUACCACGCCGCCAACCAGCGGUGCCGCUGCAGAGCCCGCCCCAACAUUCUCCAAGACUCGUAAGGUCAAGCGGACGCCCAAGGACAUCUACCGACCAACCGAGACCACACCUCUCUUCGGUGGUGAUGACCACGCCGUCGACGACGAGGACAGUGACCAAGUUGCUAGCCAGGAGACCCGGCCUGAGAUCCCAUGGCUCGAGGAUGAUGAUGUCGAUAGCUCCGCCUCCAUCGUUACCUUGGCUAUUUACAUCAACUUUGCUGCCAACGCUAUCCUCCUAGUCGGCAAGCUCGCGGUAGUCCUGACCGUCCCAUCCGUCUCAGUAUUGGCAAGUUUGGUGGACGCGAUUCUGGAUUUCCUGUCGACUGCCAUUGUGUGGAUCACUACCUGGCUGAUCAGUCGACAGGAUCAAUAUCGAUAUCCCAUUGGGCGAAGAAGACUGGAGCCGAUUGGGGUGCUUGUCUUCUCCGUUAUCAUGAUCACGUCGUUUGCUCAGGUCGCCCUCGAAGCUAUCCAACGUCUCAUGUCAAAUGACCGGGAGGUUAUUGAACUUGGUGUACCGGCCAUAGCCAUCAUGUUGAGUACCGUCGUCAUCAAGGGCAUGUGUUGGCUCUGGUGCCGUCUCAUCAAGAACUCCAGUGUCCAGGCCUUGGCCUCGGAUGCCAGCACCGAUGUCAUAUUCAACGCCGGCUCAAUCGCUUUCCCAUUAAUUGGCUACUACUGUCAAAUCUGGUGGCUCGAUGCGCUUGGAGGCUUGCUACUCUCCUUGGUGGUCAUCUUCAACUGGUCUCAAACAUCCGGGGAGCACAUCAGACACCUGACCGGCUUUUCCGCCACUGCUGAUCAACGCAAUAUCUUGCUCUACUUGACGAUGCGAUUCGCGAAGACUAUCAAACAGAUCCAGGGCUUGCAAGCCUACCACUCGGGAGACAAGCUUAACGUUGAAGUUGACAUUGUUUUGGAUGCCAGCACGUCACUCAAGGACAGUCAUGAUUUGGCUGAAAGCCUCCAAUACGUCAUAGAAUCUGUCCCAAUUGUCGAUAGAGCGUUUGUCCACGUCGACUAUGCUAGUUACAACCUCCCCACUCAUAUGGAACAGCAACACAACAUAUAAGCUCGGCGCAGUGAGCAUGUUAGGCUCACCGGAGUUUACCGAGGUGCGCCUCGUGUUCUCAUCUCACACGUAGGCAAGCCCGGUUGAUUCAUUGUUGAGGUUGGAUGGUGCCACCAUACAAGGUCAGCGAGACUCCCGGCAUUGUCAGAGCCUCAGCUGGCCCCAGUCUUGGCCAGUCCAGCUUUCUGGCUCGAGGGUGUUGGUACGUCUCGGAAGUUUGUCAAGAUCCAGGACCGCCGGUCGUGGGCUGUCAGAAAUCACAUACGUUAGCUUGGCAACCUUACCUCCGCACAAGGGCGGACUUACGCCUUCAGCAGGCGAUAGUCGACUGCUUCGAACGCUGGCUGAUGGCUGGCUGGUUGAUCAGGUAACAAGGCUGUUCGAAAGAGAGG